CACAACACCAGCCGAUUCUGAUAACUUGUUGAUACCACCUUUUCACGAGGGAACCGCUGUACAGAACGGUCGCUCUGUACCAGGCUGCUCUAAAACAAUGGGAGGUGACGGGCCUUUGAAAAUAUUUUUCUAUCUCAUUCUACAAGCUGCGAUUUUUUUUCUGGUGGCGGCUCAUGAUGACGAUGGGCAUUAUUUGAGCGACUGGGUGGUGAGGUUGGUUGGAGGGAAAGAUGUUGCUGAUCAACUGGCUAUGGAACUGGACUAUCAAAACUUGGGAGAACUCAAAGGUUUUCCAAAUACAUAUCUGAUGAGGAAAAACGACCACCCUCAAAGAUCGAGACGAAAUGCACAACAUUUGACGAAGAGAUUGGCUGAUGACCACAGGGUUGAAUGGGCGGAGCAACAAGUUGCUAAGCGUCGAGUUAAAAGAGAAUUUCAAAAUGAUGCUUCGGAGCUGAGAGUCAAGACAUCAAAAGAAAAUAUAAAAUUCAAUGAUUUCCUAUGGCAAGACCAAUGGUAUCUUCAUGAUACCAGAAACAUUCCCAAUGUCCCAGAGCUGGAUAUGAGGACGAUCCCUGUCUGGAAUAUGGGUUACACUGGGAAAGGUGUUGUCAUCACUAUUAUGGAUGACGGUUUGGAAUGGAAUCACACGGAUAUUAGAAAGAAUUAUGAUCCAAAAGCUAGCUGGGAUACAAACGAUGACGAUGAUGACCCUUUUCCACGAUACGAUGAAUCUGAUUCUAACAACCAUGGAACUAGAUGUGCUGGAGAAAUUGCUAUGGUUGCUAAUAAUCUAAAAUGCGGCGUUGGUAUAGCAUACAAUGCGAAAAUUGGUGGAAUCCGAAUGCUGGACGGCAUAGUAAAUGAUGCUGUAGAAUCAGUGUCCAUUGCAUACAACGUAGACCAUAUCGACAUCUUCAGUGCUUCAUGGGGACCGAAUGAUGAUGGAAUGACAGUAGAUGGCCCAAAACGAUUGGCUGUUGAGGCUCUGGAAAAGGGAAUUAAACAGGGACGACGGGGUAAAGGGACCAUCUAUGUAUGGGCAUCUGGCAACGGAGGAUCGAAGGGAGAUAACUGUAACUGCGAUGGAUACACCAACUCGAUUUACACUCUGUCCGUUGGCAGUGCCAGCCAAAGGGGGGAUUUCCCCUGGUAUGGGGAAAGAUGCGCCUCUACCAUGACAACCGCUUAUUCAAGUGGAGCGUACUCUGAUCAGAAGAUUGCCACCACAGAUCUCCAUAACAAGUGCACCGUUCAUCACACAGGAACUUCCGCAGCUGCUCCGUUAGCGGCUGGUGUUAUUGCUUUGGUCUUGGAAGCCAAUCCGGAUUUGACUUGGCGAGACGUGCAGCAUCUGGUGGUGUGGACCUCGGAGUACCAUCAUUUGAAACACAACAAGGGAUGGAAAAGGAACUCUGUCGGCCUCAUGUACAAUAGUAGGUUUGGAUUUGGCUUGAUCAAUGCUGAGGCGAUGGUCAAGGCUGCUCUGAAUUGGACAACUGUACCAGAAAAGGCCAUUUGCAAAGCUUCUUCUUCAUCCAAACUGCCCAAAUUGCUUUCUUCUCAAAUACAAGAAGUCGAAGUCGAGAUCACUGCUGAUGGCUGCACUAAAACUUCAAACGAAAUAAACUACUUGGAACACGUCGAACUUUCCCUUGAUAUCGAUUACAAUCAUAGAGGAGCAUUGGAUAUUUACUUGUUCUCUCCUGCUGGAACCGUCAGCAUGGUUCUUUCUCGUAGAGAGCGUGAUUCAUCUGCCAUAGGCUUCAAAAGCUGGACUUUCUUGUCCGUGCAUUUUUGGGGUGAAAAUCCUGUUGGAAAAUGGAAGGUGUUAGUACGGGACAUGACAGGAAAUGAUUACAAAGGAGCGGUGAAUGCAAUCAGUUUGAAAUUGCACGGGACAAAAGAGAGACCAAAACAUAUGACUGCUGGCAGAAAAAGGUACAUCAACGAAGAGGAAAUCGAAAAGGCAUUAGAUCGAACUCCGGAAUUUGAAGAAGGGUUACCAGAAGUGAAGAAUAAUAUACACGAUGAAUUGGAAAAUCUUCGCGCGGUUGAUCACAAAGAAAAACUCAAUUGGGCCGACUUAGUUGGUAAAAAUCUGAGAAACAUGCCGAUUCGGCCGGGUAAUUUCCCUAAAAUACGAUAUGAAGUCCUCGAAGAAGAUUAUAUUGAUAACUAUCCAAAUCAAUACACAUAUUACUAAAACUGUUGCAGAAGAAAGAAGUCAAUCUUUAUCUCACCGAAAUUUUCUAGUCAUACAUUGAUGUUCCUGUACACAUUUACGAUUAUUAAUAUGACUUUUAUGGUCAUAAAUGUUUCCUUAAAAAUGAAAUUUAAGAUGCAUAUGAUUUCCUUAUAACUGUCUUCAGUAUUUUAUUUGCAUGUAUUUGGAUAAAUUAUUUGAAGUUCAAAAUUCCUUAUUCUACAUUAUACUAUGAGGCAUUGUUAUUUUUUCAAAAAAAAACAACAACAUUAAAAGUCAUUUAUGAUUUGAUAA